GGUUACGUCAGUGACGUUGCGGCAACACACGAGGAGUCGUUAAGUGAGUGCUGAGUCGCGUUACUGACACUUGUUCAGCCGGCUUUCCUCUAAAAUAUCUUAGUGGUCGCUCCGGUUUAUUAAAAACAGAAAGCCUAUCGCUAUUGUUACUGUGGUUGUCCCUGCAAUCACAGAACCUGAAACGAUGGACAACAGUGACUCAGCCCCGGAUUCCUGGGAGCAGGCAGAUAUUGACGCCCAGGAGGCCCAACUGAACUCGUCCCUGGCACAACUCAACGUCAACGCCAAGCCGUUUAUUCCCAACGUACACGCUGCAGAGUUCGUGCCUUCUUUUCAGGUCAAGAGCAGUACGGCCGUUGACGGGUUGCAGGAUGAGGAUGCGACACAUAAUUCGGCACAAGAAUCAUCACAGUCCUCAGAAGGUUCCAAUGCUGCUACAGGCAUGGAUAUUUCUGAACCUGUUGAAAAUGGAGAAACUGAAAUGUCUCCUGAAGAAUGCUGGGAUCACAAAGAUGAACCAAAUGAAGCAGAACCAGGAGGUGGUUUCUCGGGAGAUGGCGGGUCGGCUGAAGAGGUGGCUCAGGAAAUGGAAGAGGAAGAGGAGAUCACAAAACCCAAAACUGUUGUUGCCCCACCAGAUGCACCCAAAAAAGAACAUGUUAAUGUGGUCUUUAUUGGACAUGUUGAUGCUGGAAAAUCAACCAUCGGCGGACAAAUUAUGUAUUUAACUGGCAUGGUUGACAAAAGAACACUUGAGAAAUAUGAAAGGGAAGCAAAAGAGAAAAACAGAGAAACCUGGUACCUUUCAUGGGCUUUAGACACAAAUCAGGAAGAACGAGACAAAGGUAAAACUGUAGAGGUUGGCCGUGCCUACUUUGAGACGGAGAAGAAGCACUUCACUAUUCUGGAUGCCCCUGGACAUAAAAGCUUUGUUCCAAAUAUGAUUGGGGGAGCCUCACAGGCAGACUUGGCUGUUCUGGUAAUUUCUGCACGAAAAGGAGAAUUUGAGACCGGCUUUGAAAAAGGAGGACAGACCAGAGAGCAUGCUAUGUUGGCAAAAACAGCUGGUGUAAAACAUUUAAUAGUUCUCAUUAACAAAAUGGAUGAUCCAACGGUGAACUGGAGCAUCGACAGAUAUGAAGAAUGUAAAGAAAAGCUUGUGCCGUUCUUGAAGAAAGUUGGUUUCAAUCCUAAAAAAGAUAUUCACUUUAUGCCAUGUUCAGGGCUCACUGGCGCCAAUUUGAAAGAUCCAGUUGAUUGCUGUUCGUGGUAUACUGGGUUACCAUUUAUCCCAUAUCUCGAUAAUUUGCCACACUUCAACAGAUCAUUGGAUGGACCUGUCAGACUUCCAAUUGUGGAUAAAUACAAAGAUAUGGGAACAGUAGUUCUAGGAAAAUUAGAAUCUGGGUCAAUAUGCAAAGGACAGCAGCUUGCCAUGAUGCCAAACAAGCACAAUGUUGAAGUCCUGGGCAUUCUGUCUGAUGAAGUAGAAACAGAGCUUGUUGCCCCUGGAGAAAAUCUGAAGAUUCGGCUCAAAGGCAUUGAGGAGGAGGAAAUUCUUCCAGGAUUUAUACUCUGUGACCCAAACAACCUUUGUCAUUCUGGACGUACAUUUGAUGCCCAGAUUGUGAUAAUUGAGCACAAGUCAAUUAUCUGUCCUGGAUACAAUGCCGUACUGCAUAUUCACACGUGUAUUGAAGAAGUUGAGAUAACAGCCUUAAUUUGCUUGGUAGACAAAAAAACAGGGGAAAAGAGUAAGACACGACCCCGCUUUGUAAAACAAGACCAAGUAUGCAUUGCCCGCUUACGGACAGCCGGCACUAUAUGCCUUGAAACGUUCAAAGAUUUCCCUCAAAUGGGUCGAUUUACCUUGCGAGAUGAAGGCAAGACGAUUGCAAUCGGAAAGGUCUUGAAACUGGUUCCUGAAAAAGAUUAAGCCUUCAUUUUGUUCUGCACAAUGCUGUGAGAAAAAAUUGACUCUACUGAAGCCUACUUCACUUCGCCUUCUUACUUUCUGCCCAUUGACAAACUCUCUUCCCAUUGACAAACUUGAUUCCCAGUUAGAAAUUUACACAGCAGAAAAAGGUCCACAUUGUCAGCUUUCUCAUAUUGAGAGCUCUGCUAUGCCACUGUUGAAUUUAAUUCCCUCAACAUUUUUCUUUUCAACGCCUCUAAAUUGUGUCCUCAGAGAUUUGGCAAUAGCUAUAUAAGUGAUGUGGACAAGUUUGCCUAAGUUUUUUUUUUGUUUGUUUUUUUAAACACACGCAACAUGGUCUUUUUGGUCCAUAGUUAAGCAUCCUAAUUCUAAAUAGACCAUUGAGAGUGCAAAUGUGUAAACACGUUACAGGAAGAAACUACCGUAUUAAUAAAAUCUGUUUAAAAUCCUG